AUGACCAGAGAGGGUGAGUGCACCGCCUCUGCAAACCUGGGGACCGAAGAGGUCCAGGAACUCUGGCGGCUUCUGCAGCUGCAACAGCUGAACCCUCUUCUCCUCAGAUCCUCGGCUACAGGGAACAGCCCUAGCCCAACUACGUUGCCGCUACCACCACCUGUUGAGAAGAAGAAACGGAAUCUCCCGGGGACUCCAGGUGAUAAACGAUCUCUACCUAAUCUCGGAUCAUCAUCAACCUCGUUGUUUGCUCGAUCUGAAACUCAUGGAGAAAUCGGAAACUGGGCUCACACGUCGGAAAAGUUAGAACCCACUUGGAAGCUCAUUUCUGUUCGCAAGGAGCGAUGACUCUGGAUAGACCCCUUGCUCUCUGAGUUCAAUAAUUGUCAACCAAACCUGUUCCCUCUUCCUUUCUCUCUCUAUAUGGGUCGUCUGAACUAGUUCCGAAGAAGGUUUCCACUCACUCAUCCCCGGUUCUCUCAUAACCUUCGGUUCUAUCUCUCUAUGCACGCAGACCCUACUGCGGAGGUGAUCGCCCUGUCGCCGAGGAGCCUGAUGACGGCGAACCGAUUCGUCUGCGAGAUCUGCCGCAAGGGAUUUCAGAGAGACCAGAACCUUCAGCUUCACCGGCGCGGUCACAACCUGCCGUGGAAACUCCGGCAGCGGACGAGCACGGAGGCCCGGAAGCGGGUCUACGUCUGCCCGGAGGGCACCUGCGUCCACCAUGACCCCAGCAGGGCGCUCGGUGACCUCACCGGCAUCAAGAAGCACUUCUGCCGGAAGCACGGUGAGAAGAACUGGAAGUGCGACAGGUGCUCCAAGAGGUACGCCGUGCAGUCGGACCUUAAGGCGCACUCCAAGACCUGCAGUUCCAGAGAGUAUAAGUGCGACUGUGGCUCCGUCUUCUCCAGGUUCGUUCCCUGUCGCCAAAAACCCACCCGCCGAAAUAGGAUGAAGAAUAUGAAACAAUAAUUAAGGAGCAAAGUUUGAACAGUUUAAUACUAUUUUGAAAAGAAAUUACCUGCGAGAAAAAGGUCAACAUCGAUAAAUGUUUGGAAUGGCGAGACGCGUUUGACAGAUUGCUAGUCGUCGUAAACAGCAAUUUGUAUAUUUCAAUCAUGUUAUUGAUUUAACUUGAAUUUUAAAUUAGUAUAAUUUUCAAGUCUUGAUCAUUUACGUUGACCUUUUUUUUCACUGAAAUCCUGUAAUCUUCACUAUUUUUUUUCCAAAAUGACCAAUUAACACUUGAAUCCUCAACUAUACAACAUCUGUAGUGGAAAUUAUAUCACGGAUAUAUCUAAAUGGCCUUCAAAACUGCGAAGAUCUUAGUGAUGAACGGAACUAAUAAUCUAUGCCAAAUAUGUGAUCUAUGUAAUGAUCGAAAAGAGUUUCUCAGAGAAAUGUUUCUUGGUCGAGACAGCUUCAUCAGCUGAAGAACUUCUGUAAUUUUACGUUGACUUUUAGUUUUUUUUGUGUGUAGAAGAGACAGCUUCGUCACACACACAGCUUUCUGUAAUGUUCUGACCGAAGAGAGCAGCAAAGCGAGCCACAGAUUGACGGGAUUCAUGACAGGAACCUCCCAGGGGCGGACCGGUGAGGUCCCAGUGCAGAACGAUUUUGGCUCCGGCUCCUCCGCCGGAAUCUCCGAGUUCAUCGCCGGCGUGGAUCACUCUCUCAUGGGUCCCUCUGACGAUCUCAUCUGCUCGUCGUCGGGACCCAUAAGCACGACUUCAGGUGUAUUCUCCGGCAUCAUGGCUGAAGACAAGUCGAGCUCGCUGAUGAAGGCGCCGGCGCACAUGUCCGCGACGGCGCUGCUGCAGAGGGCAGCCCAGGUUGGCGCCAGAGCGAGUGCCAACACGAACCCCUCCUUGGCGACGGCGGUUCUCGGCUCCUGGAUGCAGCAGCCGUACGAUUUCCGGUCACACUUCACGGGGGAUGCCUGUGCAGGGCUCGGUAGCCAGUUCUUCAACACCUCGGUAGGCGGCGGCGGCGGCUCGGUAUUGAAUGAUGCAGAGAUGUUCUUAGGGAUGACCGCAGUUGCAGGUAUUCCUUCGUCUCUGUUUUCAUCGUCGGCGACUGCUGGGUCCGCCCCAGGUGCCGGCCGCGACCCUUCGACGGUAGAUUUCUUGGGAGUCGGCGAGGCGAGGUCGCCGGUGAAGAAGUCACAAGAACAGCGGAGCCAUCUUUCACAGCUCGUUCCGGCCAACCAGCAGUGCUUUCAGGAGGUUAUUCCGGGCAAAGUCAGCGUCUUUGUGAAGGACUACGCUUCCGACAUCUGA